AGAUACUGCAGCUAAACCAGAGAACCAACCUGUGCCAAAAUCAGUUCGCUUAGUGAGAGAUGAAGAUGAACCAGGGUCAUUGCGAGAACAGGAGGAAGAGGCAGAACCUGAAAUAAUUACCCGAUCUCUAUCCCUGAGUUGCGUGACAUGCGAAAAGAUUUUAGCCGCCACCCAGAUGAGCACAUUGUUACCUGGCUGCUCCAAUGCUGGGAUAAUGGGGCUAGUAGUGUGGAAUUAGAGGGUAAGGAAGCCAAGCAGUUGGGAUCUCUGUCUAGGGAAGGGGGCAUCGACAAGGCGAUUGGGAGAAAAACACAAGUCCCCAGCCUCUGGAGGCGACUUUUGUUAGGUGUAAAGGAAAGAUACCCCUUCAAGGAUGAAGUUACAUGUCACAAAGGCAAGUGGACCACCAUGGAGAGAGGUAUCCAGUACCUGAGGGAAUUAGCCGUGCUGGAGGUGAUUUAUAAUGAUCCAGAAAAUGCACAGUCACCCACAGAACCAGAUGAAGUCCAAUGCACACAACCGAUGUGGCGGAAGUUUCUACGAAGUGCACCACCAACCUAUGCCAACUCAUUGGCAGUAAUGUCCUGGAAAGAAGGCUAUGGACAAACGGUGGAUGAAUUGGCUGUCCAACUCCGGCAAUAUGAAGGAAGUCUCUCUUCCUCCCUAUGGGCCUGUGUCUCAGCUGUAGAGGAAUCGUCCCGAGAGUUCCAGCAAUUCAAAGUGGAUAUGUCCUCCUCCCCACCUGUACAGGCCCGCAUCGCAGCUAUUGGGAGUAAGCACUCCUCUGCCCAAGAGAGAGGAGAGAGAAAGUACACACGACAGGCUAACCUGUGGUUUUACCUGUGUGACCAUGGAGAGGACAUGAGGAAGUGGGAUGGAGAACCUACCUCAGUCCUGGAUGCACGGGUACAGGAGUUGCGAGAAAAAGCAACCAGAAAAGAGGAUUCUUCUUGGAAAACUGCUGCUCCAGUUUCCCGAGUAGCUUAUUGUGAGCAGGUAGACAAGGUUUCAAAGUCUCUCCGCGAUAACCUCCGUUGA